AUGAAGUAUUUCUUCUUUCCUAGAGCAAGGGCAUGGCAUGGUUGCAAGCCUUUAGUAUUUGACGAGGACCUGGCAAUUGGCGCACUUAGACACGCUCGUGAAAUUAUUCGUCGAAAAAAUAUGCACCACAGUCCUGCAAAGGACUAUGGCGAGAAUCUCUUUUUGAAGGAAGGUAAACCAGGCAUUCGCGUACAUGGCGCGGAGGCCACCCAAGCCUGGUACGCAGAGGUAGCAGACUACGAUUUCAACCAAGAUGUUCAGUUGCCAUGCGUAAGAUUUUUACUGUGCCUUGAAGGUCACUUUUCGCAAUGCAUAUGGACGGACACCAAGCGGGCUGGCUUCGCUGUGGCCUCGACGCCAGAUGGGACCAUUAAAGUUGUGGUUGCACAGUACAAACCGCCAGGCAAUUACAUCGGACAGUGGAUCGAAAAGGUGCCUGCGCCGUUGAACGGUCAGAAACCCCAUCCAAAGCCAAGUGACCUCAGUGAGUUGACGACUUUGACGAUGGAAUGGGGAAUUGUUUGA